CCGUCAUUUGCAAAGAAUGCCGCGUUAAGAAGCCGUACAACGGCAGCAUGAGUCUACCGCCGCCUCCCCGUCAAGUUCCUCGUCAGACACCGGGGGAAAACCAAGCAAAUCAGGUGCUGCUUCAUUUCAGCUGCUGUUGGCUUUUGUGUGUGAGUGCAUGUAUGUCAAAAAAAGCCCCCCCACCACACACACACACACACACACACACAAAACACUCCACCCUCUCGACAUCUCUUUCCAUCUUUGCUCUGUAAUAAGAGCAGCUGUGGCCGCUCUGAUUCAAUUGCAGUGUAGGACUUCUGGCUAUUAUCCCAUGUAGACCCAAGCAGGAGGGGGACUGGCUGCUCCUGCAAUAACACAACAACUCAUACAUAUAGGCAUCAUUUGGACUAAACACUUUGAAAUACAGUAAACCUCGGAUAUAUCGGAUUCAAUUGUUCCCACUGGUUUUGUCCGAUAUAAGCGAAAUCCGUUAAAUGCGUAUACUGGAAAAUGUCUGUUUUACGCAUAUAUAGGAUUUAUAUCCGGUAUAUGCGUAAAUCGGAUUUUAUCCAUUAUAAAAAGGUACUUCCUUGACUAUGUUUCCAAUGUACCUGGACGCGCAGGCAACGCUGCAAAUGACGUCGUAUAGCGGCCUGUCACGAUUCGCCGAAUCGGAGCGCCACGAUGCGGCCAUCCGAUAUAUGCGAGGGAAAUUUAAUGGAAAUGCAUUGGAACGGGACUGGAGAUUUUGUCCGAAAUAGGCGAAAUCUGUUAUAAAAAAUCCGAUAUAUGCAAUGAAUUUUUAUUGGAAAUGCAUUACAGAAAAAUUGGUUCUUUUUUAUCUGUCCGUUGUGAGCGAAUUUCCGAUAUAUCCGAGUCCGAUAUAUCCGAGGUUUACUGUAAUUGAUAUUUUCAACUUUGUUGUCCAUCUAGUCCAUAAUAAUCCUUUAGGUUUGUUGUGUGAAAUAUGGUCGCUACAGCACCAGGGGACAGGAUGUUGUCGUUUCCAUUCAGAACUGUUUUUCUACGCUGGUUUUUGGCAGUUGUGCCACUGGAAUGCUCCGGAGCGAGUAAUUACCGACCUAUACCGUAGCAUCUGGGAAUUCCCCACAUUUGACUUUGAAUUGAAAGGCAUGUCAUUCCUCAAACCAAAAAGUGGCAGGGACCAAACAUUUAAGGAAAGUGGUUAAAAUGCAGCGGGAGAUUUACAGUAAAACUAGAAGACAAUUCUAGUAAGACCAAAAGAGGGAGAAUUAGGUGGGGGGUAGGUAGUGAUUAAGAGGAUGACGGUGGUGACACUUCCACAGCUUAAUUAGGUGGGUGGGCGGGGGAUGACCCAUCCCCCCCUCUUAUUCCCACAAUGAAACAUCCCGAUGAAAACCGGUGAAGAGUUUGUGGAAAAUCUGGCAUGUUAAUUGUGGUUCGGUUCAUGUUGUUCUAGUGGGCGACCUUCCCCAAAAAAACCUCCAUCCAUGAAAGCGGAUGCACCACUAUGAAUAAUGCAGUAGGGAGGGGUGGAGGCCACUGGGCGUGUGCACGGAAAGAUUUUUUUUUUUUUUUUUUUAAAUCACACACACAGAGAGGGGUAGUUCCUCCUCCUCCACCCUUUCUCGUUCCAUUCCCCUCCCCUGUGCUCCCAACCCCCUAGCUGACGGCCGCACUGCAGAAGGUCAUAGAGAGAAGAGGAGAGGAAGAGGAGGCUGAGACGGAGGCAGACAGGGGCGGGGUGCUUGGAUGUACAGGAACAUGCCGAGAGGAGAGCCUGCUGACAAGCCAUGACAACCAUGCUGAGUCCCAAGAUCAGGCAGGCCAGAAGAGCCAGGUCCAAAAGCAUGGUGAUGGGCGAGGUGACGCGGGGUUCCUGCCAGCCGGCUUCGCCCAGCCUCCAGGAGGGGGCGCUGAAGGCCGGCUGGUUGAAGAAGCAGCGCAGCAUCAUGAAGAACUGGCAGCUGAGGUGGUUCGUGCUACGGUCAGAUCAACUCUACUUCUACAAAGACGAAGAAGAAACUAAACCACAGGGCUGUAUACCCCUGCAGGGAUGCCAGGUGAAUGAACUUACAGCAAACCCGGAUGAACCUGGAAGACACCUUUUUGAGAUUGUUCCAGGUGGAACAGGGGAGAAGGACCGUGCUCCGAUCAGCCAUGAGUCCUUCCUUCUCAUGGCCAACUCCCAGACCGACAUGGACGACUGGGUCAAGGCCAUACGACGGGUCAUCUGGGCACCGUUUGGCGGAGGAAUAUUUGGCCAGCGAUUAGAGGACACGGUGCAGUACGAGAAGAAGUUUGGCCCCCGGUUGGCCCCCCUGCUGGUGGAGCAGUGUGUGGACUUCAUCAGGGAUAGGGGCUUGGAUGAGGAGGGUCUUUUCCGGAUGCCCGGGCAGGCCAACCUGGUCAAAGAGCUGCAGGAGGCCUUUGACUGUGGUGACAAGCCUCUUUUUGACAGUAACACAGACGUUCACACCGUGGCUUCCUUACUGAAGUUGUACCUACGAGAGCUGCCUGAACCCGUCAUUCCCUUCUGCAAAUAUGAAGACUUCCUAACGUGUGCACAGCUUUUGGCCAAAAAUGAAGAGGAGGGGGUUCAGGAGCUCGGAAAGCAAGUUAACACACUACCUCUACCUAACUACAAUCUCCUCAAGUACAUAUGCAAAUUCCUUGAUGAAGUCCAAUCUCAUUGUAAUGAAAACAAGAUGAGUGUUCAGAACCUGGCCACAGUGUUUGGACCGAAUAUCCUUCGACCCAAGAUGGAAGAUCCAGUCACCAUCAUGGAAGGUACCUCUUUAGUCCAGCACCUAAUGACGGUUCUCAUCAGGGAACACAACCGCUUGUACUCAGGGAGGGAUCAGGAGGGCCUUACCGUACCCCAAGUGGAGCAGCCCAUCCAGGGCCAUCAGCUCCACAACCGUAGCCUCGGUGCCUGGAUCUCCGAAGAGGACCUGCAGAGCUGCCCCGUCUCCAACCCGGAACAAGAACUGCACAGCAGCAUCUCGUCACUUGAUGCCAAACUGUGUGCUGCCGUCACGCCCACGCAGCCCCCGAACUCUGUUCCGAAACUCGGGUCUUCAGCGAAAGGAGACACGGUGGUCAGCCCGAGUAAACAAGCCAAGAGCUUACCUUCUUGGAAAUACUCCUUCAAAAGCUCCUCCACGCCUCGUUCUCAGCCGCAGGCUAAGCAGAGCGGCUCUGUGGCGGAUCCAAGCAGCGUCCCCUCAGGGGGAGGAAGUAGUAACUGGCUGAUGAAUGGCUUGUCCUCUUUGAGGGGACACAGACGCACCUCCUCAGGUGAAAGGUCUACCCGCGACCGGGAUUCCACGGGUUCCUCACAAAGACUUUCCACCUACGACAACGUCACCUCGUCGUCCAGUAUGAGCAGUGUCCAGAGUGUCAACAGCACACCCUGGUCUACGUCCUCCUGCGAGAUCUCGGUGCCGGACUCUGGUGGCAGCGAACAGAACUGUGGAGAAGGUGGAGAUAAAGCGGAGUGGACGGAAGCUCAGAGAGAGGUCGAGCGAGGACAGGAUGGGGAAAUGACCACGGAUCCCAGCUCCGAGCAGGACAGCUGUGAGGCUAUGGAGCUCUGCAGCAGUAGCGCCGCCUGCAGCGAGAACGGCAACGCCGGCAUGGCCGCCGGAGUUCCUUCCAUCAUUAUGUCGGAAGAUGGAGACGGGAGUAACGUCUCACUGGGGAGUCUGGUCGAAAGCCUGAAGGAGGAGCUUCGGAAACAGAAGGCUGCUUAUGAGGCCAGGAUCCAAAAGUUGGAGGAGUCCAGUGCUGCUCUUUGUGCACACAUGGAGCGUCUGGAACAGGAGAUGGAGCAGGAGAAGAAGAGGCAGCGCAUGCUGGAGAUCAAACUACGGAACUCGGAGCGAGCGCGAGAGGAUGCCGAGAAUCGCAACAAGCUCAUGGAGAAGGAGAUGGAGGACUUCUUCGACACUCUCGGAGAUCUAACCGCCACGACGAGGACCAGCGACAUUUGAAGGAACAGGCCGAGAACCCGGGGUUUGUUUUAAAGGGCUCCCACCUUCCUCAGAGUUCCUUUUGGAAGAAGAGAACAAGGAAGUGAAGGUGAGCUUACCUCGUCGUGCGGUGUCCUGUCUGCUAUCACGACAAACGUUGCUUCUCACUGCUGGCUGAAGACACCGUAAAUACGACCAAACUGUAGCAAGUCAAUGAUUUAUUACUGCAAUAUUUGUCUCUGUUCAAGGACUUUUUGGAUAAGGUGAUGUCUGUAUGCUCCAUAGAAACCCACACGCAGCCUUUUUAUGACAAUGUUACCAAUAAGGUGCAUGCAUAUAUUCCAUAAACGUGUCUUCUUCGUUCAUUCUCAAUUGAGCAGAUUAAGAGCGGAGGUAGGAAAAAAAAAAAAAAAAGCUGCUGCAUGGUUUUGCUCCAAGUUUAACGCUUUACCUGCACACGUCUCUCCGUUGUCUACCUGGAACUCUCUGCUGUGUCCCUCAGGCUCUUCCAGUGCCUCUCGAGUCACAUGACUUCCACGUCAAAGCCGUGCACUCCCUCAAGUGUCUUUGCGACCUGGCAGCCAUGUUGACUUGUGGCACAUGACGCUUAACACUGCCCUUAAAAAGAAACGUCAACUCUUCCUGGUUGUGCCUUCAGGGAAGUCCUAAAGAACAAAGUAGCGUUGCAAAGUAAAAAAAAAACCUCCCGAAGAACACAUGUUUUGGUGUACGUUGACAAAAGUGCAGAUGACCAAGAACGUAGAAGGUGCCAAUUCUUGUGUAUAGUGCUUUUGAAUGGAAGUGUCCAAUGACGAAUGUAUCCUUGUAGUGAAUGUACUCGGUGUGUUCAAUGAUGAAGCAAUGUUAAUGGUCGGCCAUUGUGUCUAAACGAACACUGAUAGAAGUGUCCUCUGAUUAAAAAGGCUUGCACAUAUGUUUGUAAAGCACUGCAUGCUGUUAAAAAAAAAUCACAAAGGACCCAACAAAUGACGGACGUAGUAAGAAUCACUUUUAAAUAUACAUUUUAGAAAUACUUCUUGCUUUUGACAACGAGCAACCACCCUAAAAAGUUAUCACAGCAGUUCAAUAGAAUUUAUUUUGUGUGUGUGUAAAGUAUGUGUCACAACUCACAAUGGUGCUUUUUUAAAAAUGUAUUUGGAUAUACAUUAUUGCGAGCGAUGAAUGGACGUGUAUGGGAAUAAACAUGACAAUGUACACUUUGUCUUUUUGUUUAGGAUUGUCUAGGAAACAGAGUAGCAGAUGGACGUAUGGAUGCCAGGGUUCUUACUUACACUGUCAGGUGUGUCCAAAGUGCGGCCCGGGGGCCAUUCGGGGGAUGCGGCAUUCUAAAAAUAUAUUUUAAUAACUAAAAAAAAAAAGAGUUUCUUCACCAAACACAUUCUUAGCAUAUCUUUACAAAACAAUGCUUUCAUUUUUCACAACGUGGCCCCACUACGAGUCCCUUUGGCCUUGUAUCAUCCAUCAUAAGGCUUUCGUACAUUUGGGUAUUCGUCUGACCUUUUGGAACAAAUUGACCAAGAAAAAAAAGAAAAAGAAAAAGGCAUAACUCUAAUGCAAAGUGUAUUCUUUUAUUUCUAGUACACAUUGUUUGAUUUUGUUCUCAUGUAUUUGACUGUAAGAGGAGACAUCGUGUUUUCUAGUAGUGCACAAACCAGCACCAUACAGUAUGAUAUGACUUCUUGUGGCUAUGUUAUUAUUAUUAUGAUUAUUAACAUGAUUGGUCUUACCACAGCCUAGAAAUCUGUCAGCCAAGUUGACACGUUGGCGGACCGACUCUACAGAAAUAUAGGACAAGAAACAUAAAAAGUGAUUUAUUCACUAAUGAAUGAAAAAAAAAAAGGAAAAAGGAUUGACAGUACCAACACUUUGAUUACCUUCAGGAGACGCUGACAGAGCACACUUUGCUGAAGGUAUUGCACAUUUCAAGUUGGAAAACAACAACAAAAAAAAAAACAUUGACAGAUUCUUCUCUCGCUUCUAGUGAACUUUGCGUUAUGUACAAAACCAGUCCCGUUGAAAAGCCACCAAUAGUACAUGUUUCUCCUUUUUUUUUUCUUCUUAUUCUUGUUCAAAUAAAUAAAUAACGGCAUCUGAUAUUCACAUGUCUCGUCAUGACAGCUAACCAAUCAUGUGGCAGAAAUUCAAGUGAGGUAGUUCAUCAAAGCUGACUGGAAAUCGCAAUGACGUUGUUUUUCCAAUAAUUACAAAUCCGUGAUGUUUACGUUUAAAAGCUGCAAAAUUAAGAGCACUUUAAAGAAAAAAAAAUAAGGUUUGAGUUCAUAUAAGCGGGAUCGCUGCCCUGCAACAGCAUUGGUUAGCGAUUGGAAAUGUGAACAAUACUA